AUGGGAGUUUACGAAGUGGAGCACAUUGUUGCAAAACGAGGUAAAGGAGGAAAAGUGGAAUACAUCAUCCAAUGGCAGAAUUACUCCCCUGGUGAAAAUACAUGGGAACCAGCCGAACAUUUGCCGGAAGAUCUCAUCGCCGCCUUCGAGAACAGAUCUCUAGGGAGUGCAUACCUCGCCAGUAAAGACGAGCUGAUAGCAGCAAGCCUUGGUUCUUCUCUGAAAAUAUGUCUAACAGUAACAGGAGGUGGUUGUCAAGUCGACGCUCUUGUCCACCUGAAGUUUUUUCUUGGCAAGUCGCCUGCCUUCCUAGGCGAGCACGGCCGCAAGACAGCUUCCCGUCCAAUGGAAAGAGUUCAAGAAAUUUGCAGUGAACAGAAAGCUGCCUAA